GGACCCCCGUCCGCUUCCCGCCGAGAGCCCCGGCCCCCCACAGCCCCCCAGAUGAAGUGUGAGAACUGCACCAAGAAGGAGUGCAGUAAGAAAGCCCCGCACGAUGCAGCGGCCGAGGCCCCCGCCGCCAACCGGGAGGAUGAAGGGAAGAGUGAGUUCCACAAGCUGGCUGAUGCGAAGAUAUUCCUCAGCGACUGCCUGGCGUGUGACAGCUGUGUGACUGAAGAGGAAGGGGCUCGUGUCUUCCAGCAGAACCAAAAAGAGUUCUUCCGUGUCCUCAACCUCAAUAAGAAAUGUGACACGUCCAAGCACAAAGUGUUGGCGGCCUCCAUAUGCCCUCAGUCCCUGCCUUACUUCGCUGCUCAGUUCAACCUCUGCGUGACCGACGCCUCUAGGAGGCUCUGCGGCUUCCUGAAAAGCCUGGGGGUGCAUUACGUGUUUGACACCACCAUAGCGGCUGACUUCAGUAUCCUGGAGAGCCAGAAGGAAUUCGUGCAGCGGUAUCAGCGGCGGGAGCAAGAGGAGCACGCUCUGCCUAUGCUGACCUCUGCCUGCCCAGGCUGGGUUCGGUAUGCGGAGCGUGUGCUGGCCAGCCCUGUGACCCUACACAUCUGCACCGCCAAGUCUCCCCAGCAGAUCAUGGGCUCGCUGGUCAAGGACUACUUCGCCCGGCAGAAGAACCUGUCUCCAGACAAGAUCUUCCACAUCAUCGUGGCACCCUGCUACGAUAAGAAGCUCGAGGCCCUGCGGGAGGAUUUCUACACAUCCCUGUACGACUCCCAGGAUGUCGACUGUGUGCUCACCUCGGGUGAAAUUGUGCAGAUCUUGGAGCAGAGUGGCUUGUCCCUCAACGAGCUGGAAGAAGUGUCUGUGGACACGCUGUUUGGGGCCACCACGGAGGGGGAGGUCGUGCGUCACGACGGGACACGGUCAGACGGCUACCUGGAACACGUCUUUAAACACGCAGCCAAAGAGCUGUUCGACAUGGACGUGCAGGAGAUCACCUACCGCACCCUCAAGAACAAGGACUUCCAGGAGGUCACGCUGGAGAGGGACGGGGAGGUGCUGCUUCGCUUCGCCGCAGCCUGCGGCUUCCGCAACAUCCAGAACCUGGUCCUGAAGAUGAAACGGGGCAGGUUUCCCUACCACUUCGUCGAGGUGCUCGCCUGUCCCCGGGGCUGCCUGAACGGGAAGGGGCAGAUGGCGGCAGGGUCCGGGAAGCCGGAUAGGGCCCUGCUGCGGCGACUGGAGGAGAUGUACGCGGGGAUUCCCGUGCGGCUCCCGGAGGCCAAUGCCCACGUGCAGCGUCUGUACCAGGACUGGUUGCAGGGCACCGACUCUCCCAAGGUGCAGGCCGCGCUCCACACCAGCUUCGGUGCGGCAGAGCCCCCAGCCCCCGGACCCCACAUCAAGUGGUGACGGGACAGGACGGGACGGGAGGAGGAGACGGCAGCGGCAGCCCGAGGUCCUGGACCGUGUCCGUGCCACGGGUCCCGGUCCCCACCCCCCAACAGCCUGUCCGUCUGGACUGCUUCCCUCUGUGCAAGGGGGUGUGUUCGUACUCCAGCGGCCUUAGUGUCCCGGGGGGCCCGGAGCCUCCUGUCCCCUCUCCUGCACACCCCCCCAUACCCUAUUUAUUUGAGGCCAUUCUUUCCCCCCCACACCUUCCCCUCUCUGUGUGGCCGAUGCUGGCAGCCAGGGGCCUGGCCCUGGCCCUGGCUCCAGACCUCCCGGGCUUGUGGCUAAGCAGGCCAAGGCCGGCUAGGGCCCUUCCUGCCCUUCCCCACCCCCAUUCCAAGGAGGUGGAACUGUGCCAACAGCCUUGGGGGGGGGAUUGGGGGGAAAAUCUCCUUUUUAAAGUAGAUUUCCUUUUUUCUUUGAUGCAAAUCAGCACGGUGGUGAAGGAAGGGCAUGGGCCCCACUACUCUCCCAGGGUUCCCUUCUCUACGACCCCCACCCCUAGUCCAGGGGCAGCUUCUGAGCCCCGAGUGUCUGUACUUGUGCUGCGGGUGCUGGGAGCUUCUGCCUGCCCAAGUGACUCCCCACGCCGCAACUCCCUUCCCACCAAUCCAUUCACAAUGGUCUCCCACCUACCUGCUCUGGGGCCAGUGGCAGUGGUGCGGCCAGAGCCGUGUCCCCUGCCCCAGCUUCCCCAGGCUGGGGCUCCUCCCCCUAUCCCUCCAGGCUUUCUGCCUGCAGACGCCUGUAUUAUAUAUUUUUUUUUGCC